GGAUUCUAUAGGUGAUUGAAAAGUCGGAUCUACAUGGGUCAGGGAAGAACUUCAAUCCCCCUCUGAGGUUUCUGCAGCCGACUCUCGACACGUCCCUGGAUGUUUGUGCUUGGAGGCGGUGGCUAAGGCUGGUAGUUGCUAGGCUUGCUGAUUGUCUCUGAUUGGGAUCGGGGAUACCGCACAAGCCCACCAUGGCUGGAUUCGCCGACUUUGAUGCUGGUCAUCGGGACUUGGUCUCGGUCACCAAGUUCAAUUUCUAUGGCAAUCGCAUUGUCACAGCCUCGACCGAUCACCGCAUGAAGGUUUGGGACCAGAAAGAUGGUGAAUGGCAGCUCGUAGAUACUUGGCGUGCCCAUGACGCGGAGAUCCGUGAUGCGACUUGGAAUGGUCCCUUUACGGGCCAGCACAUUGGCAGCGUGGGGGAGGAUAUGAAAUGCAAAAUAUGGCAGGAAGAUGUUACGCAACCUCCGAACUCAGGCCGGCGUUUCAGGUCCAUCUUUCGUAUGACCGCGCCUCAGCGCCACCCCUUUGUUUCAAUUGAUUUCCGCAACAUCGACCUGGAAUCAUGGAUGGCUGUCAUCACUCGCGAUGGCUAUCUUAUGGUCAUGGAGCCUGUAAGUCCGGACACUCUCGCGGACUGGCAGCCUCUGGAUCAGUUCAGAGUCUGCACGGCUCCCCAGAGGGGAGAAGAAACAAGCUUUAAAGUGCAGUUCCACCACGAUCCCUCGGACAUCACCCAUUCCGUCUUGCCAUCGUCGGAUCGCAAGAGUCUUUCUUUGGUGGUAGCAGCCAUGGACAGCGUGAAGGUAUAUCGCACGGAUGCCAGUCGACGCUUUUACCACGCAAUCGAACUGACUGGACAUGGCGGCCUUGUGAGAGACAUUUCUUGGGCCAAUGGCUCAGUGAGGGGAUAUGACCUCAUUGCUAGCGGUUGCAAAGAUGGGUUUAUUCGGGUUUUCGAGGUCUACACCACUGCCUCUGGUACUGGGUCCCAUAAUCCCAAUGGCACCCAUGUCCAGUCUUCUGCACAGUCACCAUCAAUUCGUGCGACAACGCAGUCGGGUAUCGGUUCCGCCCUUGCUAGCCGCGCACCCGUGUCCAUGUCCAGCCGUGCAGCACCCGCAGAUUCCCAGUUUAAACAUUCAUUCAAGGAAGUCGCAUGCAUCGACAGCAAGCACUUGGAUGUGUGGCAAGUAGGCUUCUCAUACGCCGGUGACUGUCUUAUUUCCUCUGGCGAUGAUGGUAUUGUACGAUUCUGGAAGAAGUCCCUUUCUGGGGAAUGGCUCGAGUACGCUGAGACCGAUAUGGCUUAUCAGUAAAGACUAGGUCCCUUUUUGCAGCAUUUUGCGGCUGAAUGCUGAGACUCGAGCUUUUCGACUUGGAUUUGCCCUUCUUCUGCUGGCGCCAUCUUCCCUCGCUCUUGCCCAGUUAAUUAACCAAGUUCCCCUUUCUGCUCAUUCGCGAUGUUCCCACUCCACCCUUUCUGUUCGAACUGGCGUUCAUUGCGGUCUAUCUCUGGGAAAGAUUAGAUCUCGGGUUUAUUAUCUUGCAGUCAUUCCUUCUCUGUUUGGUAUACAAUGAUACCCCUGGAUUUCUGGCUUGCCUGUCCUUUAAUACUAUCUCCGCAUCUCCCUGCCGGUGCAGGGUGACUACUUAAUACGCG